AUGGGGCUACAUUGGGGGGCAUCCGCACUAGAAUCUCUCAUGCCGGAAGCCAUGUGGUCGCGCAUCCAGUCCGUGCAGGUCGACCCCUCAACGCCCACUACCGAGUCCGACUGCAUCAAGUUCCUGAAUGGUGCGACGGGCGAGGUCCUCACCACGAUCCCGGCCCAGAAAUUCUACCGCCUGAGACGGAGAAAGCUCCGCCAUUUACUAGCCGAGGGCCUGGAUAUUCGGUUCAACCAUAAGAUCACAGGGAUUGACUAUACGGGGGAUGGAGGAACCGCGACGGCGUACUUUGAGGGGCAGGAGAAGAUAACAGCCAGCUUGAUUGUCGGUGCAGACGGCGCACGAUCAACUGUUAGGGAUUUACUGCUUGGUCCGAAGAACGGCUCUAUACGGACGGUGCCGUACUGCGCGACCUGGAUCCAGGCAAAGUAUACCGCAGAGCAAGCGCGCUUCCUACGGACAUUCCACCCGCUCUACAUAGCCGCCAUAAACCCAGCGGGCUUCUUCUCGUUCUUUGGACUUCAUGACGCCUCGGAUCCGGAUCCGGCCAGCUGGACGUUUUUCUUCUAUAUCAGCUGGCAUUCGCCAUUCGACGAACAAGAAGCUACCAAAGACUGGAGUAACGCGCAGCGCCUGGCACAGGUCAAGGAGUUUGCAUCGCACUUCACGGAUCCCUGGAGGUCCGCCUUUGAAUGGCUACCCGACGACCAGGAGGUAUGGUACAUGAGCCUCACGGACUUUGACCCAGGACUCGAGGAGCAUCGGUGGGAUAAUCAUAAUGGACGGGUGACGCUUGCAGGAGACGCGGCACAUGCGAUGACCUAUCAGCGGGGUCAGGGGCUCAAUCACUCGGUUACGGACGCGGGUAGGUUGGCGACAGCAAUCCAAGAGUUCUUCUCUGGGGACAAGGCGAGGGGAGAGGCGAUUGCGGAGUAUGAGGGGGAGAUGAUUGAGCGCGCGGGCGGGGAGGUGCGCAUGUCCACGACAAAUACGGAAAUGGUGCAUGAUUGGAAGAAGGUGCAGAUGUCGCCCGUGAUGAGGAGCGGGAUGGUCAAGGUGCAGGAUAUUGCUGCGGAUGAAGCACUUAAAAAGCCAAGUGGGGAUGAGACGGUGAUGGAGAGGAUUGUCGAGCAGCGCAUCAGCUCAGCUUGA